AUGGAUCGAGUCGUUACAAAAACUGUUGAUGCUUUAAAUCGAUUUGGUGAACGUCUAGAACGACGUUUUUCAACUGGUGAUGAUGAUGAUUGUGGUCUUGAAAGAUCGGGAUCAGGUUAUAUGCAUUUAAAUUCUGGAUCAGCAUUUCAUCGACCAAUGAAUAGUAAAUAUAAUAGCGGUUUUUAUCAUUCAAGUCAACACGGUUUAGCUUACGGUGGUGUAGGAAAUUAUGCUUCGGAUAAUUUAGCUGGUAGUCCUGGUGGGCAUAGCAGUUUUCUUAAUUAUCGACAAGGUCCAAUGGGUUAUCCACAUGCUGAUGGUAUGGCGAGACCACCUUAUGGAACUGGAAUAGGCGGUCCAAUGGAUUGUGAUUAUGGAGGGGCAUAUCCCGGUCCAUCACCAGCUGUACCAUAUGGUGGUGCUCGUGGCAGUAUAGGAUAUGCUCCAGAUUAUUAUAUUGCUGAACGACGACAAGUUGACUUAAUUCCUGCUCCGCCACCACGCUAUAUUCGAGAACCUGUUCCUGUUCCUUUUCCUGUCGAUCGUCCUGUACCUCAACCGUAUCCUGUUGAAGUACCUAGACCAGUACCUGUUGAUCGACCUGUACCUGUGCCAGUUCCAUCACCGGUAUAUGUCGAUCGACCAGUGCCUGUUCCUGUACGAGUACCGGUUCCUUCACCUCCAAUUCGAGUCCCAGUCCCUGUUCCAGUUCCUUCACCUCCAAUUCAAGUUCGGGUCCCUGUUCCAGUUCCUUCACCUCCAGUUCAAGUCCCCGUCCCAGUUCCUUCUCCAGUUCCAUGCUAUAUUCCUGUUGGUGUUCCUGUUCCAUCACCUCCUCCAAGUCCUACUAUGGUCGAGAAUUCAGUUACUCAUAGUCAACGUUGGACUACUAGUUCACCCGCCAUGAUGCAUCAGCGAUGUCAUCUGACUGGUUCACCUGUAAUGAUGAAUCAACAACGUCAUAUGGCUGGUUCACCUGUAAUGAUGAAUCAGCAACGUUAUAUGGCUGGUUCACCUGUAAUGAUGAAUCAACAACGUUAUAUGGCUGGUUCACCUGUUAUGUGCAUGAAUCCAUGUGCUACACCUUAUGGCAAUGGUUCCUUUUUUCGUUAA